GGAGCGAGCUGAUUGGUCUGGCGUGCUGGAUCCUGCGUAGAGGUCCAACGCGACAAGGAAAGGAAUAAAAGCGAAAGUUGGAGAAGAUUGGCAACAAAGUUUGAAAGGAUCUCGUAAACAAUGACUAAUAUGCAUAGAGAUUUCACCAAAGUCGGGCUUAACGAUGAUGAAGAGGAGCUACUGGAUAUCCUGGAGGAGAGAAGGCGCAGCAGUGAUCUCAGCUUUGCCUUCAGGACCUUCAGCCCCCAGCCGUACAAAGCAGCCCCGCCUUGCUCCACCGUGGAGCUCAAUCGAGUUGUGUCGGAGUCCCAGUUUCUGCGCUAUGUGACCAAAGAAGUUGCCGUGGAGAAGCAAUUAUCUGUGGAAGAAGUGCAGCAAGAGGCUCGGGGCAUUUUGGGGGAAAUGUCUCAGAACCUGCAGCUGGGGUUUAUCAGGCUGAUGGCUUACAUCUUUAACAAAGUGUUUAAGAGACUCUACAGCGCCAUCUUUGUCAACAUGGAGGGACUCAACAGGCUUCAUCACGCGACUCAGGAGAAUCCUGUGAUCCUGAUGCCCAAUCACAGAAGCUACAUGGACUUCUUGGUUAUCUCCUACAUCUUAUUCAUCCAUGACAUCCCCAUCCCUGUUAUCGCUGCAGGAAUCCCUCUUGCAGGGAUGAAGAUUGUAGGAGAGAUUCUGCGACGUUCAGGGGCGUUCUUUAUCCGACGUGCCAUCGGCUCUGACAAACUCUACUGGGCGGUGCUGUCGGAAUAUGUCAGAACCCUUGUCAGGAAAGGAUUUGCUCCUCUAGAGUUUUUCGUAGAAGGUUUCAGAAGUCGCACACUGAAGUCUCUUUCACCAAAGCUUGGGAUGAUGCACAUGGUGCUGGAGCCCUUCUUUAAAGGAGAGGUGUUUGACAUCACAUUACUGCCCAUCAGUAUUAGCUAUGACCGCGUGUUGGAAGAGUCGCUGCUGGCACACGAGUUACUGGGUGUCCCCAAGCCCAAGGAAAGCACCAUGGGUUUGCUGAAGGCCAGCAGAGUUCUCAGUGAGAAAUACGGCAGCAUGCAUGUCAACUUUGGCCGUCCUCUGUCUGUGCGGCAGCUCUGUGAGGGGAGGAUAAAUCGCUACCAGUACAACCUCACACCAAGAGAUCUCCCAGAAAAGUCCACCGCAGAAGCCCAGGCCUGUGCGAGCUGGCUAGCCCAUCUGGUGGUUCGGAAACAGGAAGAGGGCUCUCAAAUCAGCCCCUGGUCUCUGAUGUGUGGCCUGUUGCUGCAGGUUCCCACUCGAGUUCUGACAGAAGAGGGUUUGCCGUGGCAUCAGCUUACAGAAAAGACACUCUGGCUCAGGAAGCUGGCGCUGGACUUUGGGGCUCGACUCAACUGGCCUGAUGGAGUCCCGGACUCAGAUGUGAUGUCAUCCAGCGCCGAGCUCCAUCGCAGCAUUGUUCAGCGUAAAGCGGGCUGCGUCUUCCUGGUUCAGGAGGACGAGCCCAGCAGGAAAUAUCCAGGCAGCCCAGAGGAAGGCAUGAUGCGGACGGCCGCUGCAGCGCUGAUGCUGGCGUCCUAUAGGAAUCAAUGCUUGCAUGUGUUUGUGCGUCCAGCACUGGUUGCUACGGCGAUACACAUUACCAAAUGCACACAAAGAGAUGAGCUCUUCGCCUUCUUCUCCUUCCUGCAGGAUGUUUUUUCCCAUGAAUUCAUCUUCAUCCCUGGCGAGUCGUUACAGGACUUUGAGGAAGCCUGCAGUCUCUUGAAGAAAUGUGGCGCAGUCCACAUCAGCCAACAGGAAGUGACUGUUGCACAGGGAGGGAUGGAGGUGCUGUCUUUUCUGCAGGAGCUGCUUAAACCUUUCAUCGACUCUUACCAGCUGGUGUUCGGGUACCUGUGCGAGGCUGAGAGUGUUAUCCUCAAAGAAAAAGAGUUUCUUCCUGCUGUGAGAGGCCUGGCUGCAAAACUCCUCCUCUCAGCUGAGCUCCACACGUAUGAAGCCCUUUCGUCAGACUUACAGAAGAAUGUUUUAUCUGCUUUGCGGAGGCUGGAGGCUUUGACCAAGUUAUCAUCGUCCGUGAGCAAUGAAUUCAAAGUGAACAAAUCAGCAGUGAAAAGAAUUACUGACAUGCUCUCCGGGAAAAUCCCUCCAUGGAAUACUCAGGCUUUACCAGACGCAAGACUUUAGUCUAAUUUGGAACAAAUCCGCCGUCGGCGUGAGCGUACGGCCACCUCUUCAUCCAUUCAUCUCCUCACUCUGUUGUCGCUGCAUGCCAUGCUGCACUCUGCAGAACAAGUACUGUGUUGUAAGGUUCAGAGGUCAGGAUAAAUCUGACUACCACUCGCUUCUCAGCCAUCACAAUUUUAACAGAACUUAAGUGGGAAAUAUAAAAUUCGAGCACGCAUCUGGCUGUUCAGGGGUUCGAAUCCCAAACUUGACCGUCAUCUAACCCCAUAUUUCCUUAAAUUGUAAAAUCCUUGCGGCUUGUGGCUUUGGAUAAAAGCAUCUGUGAAAAAUGUAGUGUUGCCAAAUCAGUUCAUUUUGUCAUUCAAAUAGGAAUAAACGGAAAAAAGUUGUAUGAUCCUUUUAAGAUGUGAAACCAGUAAGAAAAUAAAAACAAAAUACAGAUGAGAUAAAUAAAAAUGUUUGGGGGAAAAAGCUGGCUUCAUAAAAAAGUUAAAUUUAAAUGUAACAAAUACUUUUUUUAUGGCAAACUACUUGAUAUUUAAUUUCAUCUGAAAAUGCUUGUCUUCUACUUGAAGACAUUUGUUUACAUACUAAUUUCCAAAAUAAAAGUAUGUUUUAAUCAAUUGGACUUGAAAAAAAUUAGAAAUGUAUUAAUUUUAGCAUCUUGAUAAAUAAUCACAAUAAUCUGUAUCAUUUGUUAAAUAAAAAACCUUUCAAUUUUU